AUGCUCGCGCUCGUCGAUUACACCUCUGACAGCGAUUCUGAAUCAGAACAAAAACGGUCCACACCACCUCCCCCACCACAAUCGCAGCCACAAAGACCCGGACUUUCCGCAUUACUUCCAAAACCCAAGGGUGCACGAAAAGCUGCCGGGGGUGGUGGCGAGGAUAAUGGCCCUAAAAAAAUAAUCGUCAACCUUCCAAAACUCAAAGACAAUGAGGUCGAUGAUGGACCUCCGACGAAAAAAACCAAGAUUGGAGGGGGUUCAGGUUUGAGUUCUAUGCUACCAGCGCCGAAAAGGUCUGGAGCAGUAAUGAAGAAUGCGCCCCCACCACCACCACCUCCAACUCCUCCUCCAUCCGCUCCUUCAGUAGCUCAAGAAACACAAAACGUAGAUGAGGGAGCAACCGAAAGGGUUGAAGAGGAUAAAAAACAAUCUCUACGUGAAAAUGAGGGUGUGAAUAGAUCAACUAGAUUUGUUCCACAAUCAGUAGCUAGGAAACCUAUUCAACCUACGAGCUCGUUUAAGCACUCGGGAGCUAUUAAAGGUGCCGCAUCCAAAUCGACAUCUACAAAACAAAAGAUUUCUUUAUUUGGGGCAGGUCCAAGCCUGUCGUCUUCCACGAAAUCAAUAACAAAAUCUAUAGCCCCAGGGGAAUAUCAGCCAAUAAUGCUCACGGCCGCAACACCCGCGAAUAAACCAAAGGGAACAUCUGGUGCUCAAGAUGAAAACCCCUACUUUGAAGAGACAAAUGGGGCCAUAGAUCCUGAACCAAAUUCAGUCGGCACCAGUGUCGAAAAUGCACCACAAGACCUAGAGACAGUUGCACGAGAAGCUGGCCUAGAUGACGCUGCAAUGCGCCAGCUCUAUGGCCGACGAGGCCGCGGAAAUGCCCCCAUCAAUAUCACCAAUUACAGUGUGGAUCAGGAAUAUAAUAAUAAUGAACUUAGCAGGUCAAUGGGGUUGCUAGAAGAAGUAAAACCUGUCAGAAGCAUUGCUCCAGGGAAACACCAACUUUCCUCAUUACUCAAUGCCGCACAAUCGCAAAGGGGUGCUUUGGAAGACGCUUUUGCCCAAGGGAAGAGGAACAAGAAAGAGGCUGGCUCCAAAUAUGGAUGGUAA